CAGGGGAGGCCCGCCUCGGAAGCCUCCAUAGCCGGAGCGGCCCCGAGCUCCGCUCCGCCGGCGGGGAUGCGGACAGCUGCGAGCACCCGCGGCUCCCGGCUGCCGCUGCUGCUGCUUUGGGCGGCGCUGAGCUUCUCGGCCGAGCAGCCCGGUUUUCAGUCACUUUCUGAACUGUUCUCCUAUGAAAUUGUUGUCCCGAAGUGGAUAGAAGAAAAACAGCAAACUUCAGAGCAACACUUCAUGGACAAAUUAUCGUUCAGUAUUAAAAUUGAAGAAAAAGAAUAUAUUAUUCAUUUAAGAAGGAACAGAGAUCUGGUGUCCCAAGAUUUCACUAUGAACACCUACGAUAAAGAUGGAAAUCUGAAAAUUGAAACUCCAAAUCUUCAGAAGCACUGCCACUACCGGGGAUAUGUCGAAGGCAUCGCAGAUUCUAUAGUUGCAGUCAGCACCUGCUUUGGACUCAGGGGCUUGGUGCAGUUGCAUGAUGCAGCCUAUGGAAUUCAGCCCAUCAACGAAACUUUUGAACAUGCUGUUUACCGGAUGGAGAAUGUGAUGGAAGAGCCCCGUAGCUGUGGCGUCUCUCAUCUGGAUGGAAAGUGGGACACCACAGAUGUUCAGCACCACCCAGAUGUUUCACCAAGGACGAGAAGGAAAAGAACUGUUCUUCAACAAACAAGAUACGUGGAGCUCUUCAUCGUCGUAGACAAAGAAAGGUACUAUUUGCUAGGCCAGAAUAAAACAGCAGUCAGAGAAGAGAUGGUGCAGCUGGCAAACCUCUUGGAUAGCAUGUACAUCAUGCUGAACAUCCGCAUCGUCUUGGUCGGCCUGGAGAUCUGGACAUCCGGAAACAAGAUCCAGAUGGAAGGAGGCGCCGGAGACGUCCUUGCCAAUUUCGUGCAGUGGCGGGAACGGGAGCUGGUUCCCCGCCAACGUCACGACAGCGCCCAGCUUGUUCUGAGGAAGGAUUUUGGUGGCACAGCUGGGAUGGCUUAUGUGGGCACCGUGUGCUCCAAAAGUCACGCCGGAGGCAUUAACGUGUUUGGACCCAACAGCCUGCAGACAUUUGCAUCCAUUGUCGCCCAUGAGCUUGGCCACAACCUGGGCAUGAACCACGAUGACGAUAGAAACUGUCACUGCGAAACAGGGAACUGUAUUAUGAACUCCGGAGCAUCAGGUGCCAGAAAUUUCAGUGCAUGCAGCGAGGAAGACUUUGAAAAGUUAACCCUGAACAAAGGCGGAAGCUGUCUUCUCAACAUCCCCAGGCCUGAUGAAACCUAUAGCAUUCCCUACUGCGGCAAUAAACUUGUGGAUGCAGGGGAAGAGUGUGACUGCGGGUCAAUUGAGGAGUGUAAAUCUGAUCCGUGCUGUGAGGCAGGAACUUGCAGGCUUCGCUCGGGAUCCAGCUGUGGCUACGGAGAUUGCUGUAAAGAUUGUCAGUAUCUUUCCAAGGGCACCGUCUGCCGUGAGAGGGCCAGCGACUGCGACCUUCCUGAGUACUGCAAUGGGUCUUCAGCCUUCUGCCCGCAGGAUGUCACCAUUCAGAACGGGCACCCUUGCCACCAAGACAAGGCCUACUGCUACGAUGGAGUUUGCCAGGAUUAUGAAUUACAGUGCCAGGAUAUCUUUGGACCACAAGCAAAGGUUGCCCCCAAAAUUUGUUUCUCGGAUGUGAACUCAAAAGGGGAUCGGUUUGGAAACUGCGGAUAUCAGAACCGCGAAUACAAGAAAUGUUCAAGCUGGAAUGCCAUGUGCGGAAAGCUGCAAUGUGAGAAUGUGGAAACCUUGCCGGUCUUUCGGAUCAAGCCUGCCAUUAUCCAAACUCCCAUCAAAGACACCACCUGUUGGGGCGUGGACUUCCAGCUAGGGUCAGACGUGCCCGAUCCCGGGAUGGUGAACGAAGGCACCAAGUGUGCCCCUGGAAAGGUCUGCAAACACUACCAAUGCGUUAAUGCGUCUGUCUUAGAUUAUGACUGUGACCUCAAGGACAAAUGCAAUGGGCACGGGGUGUGCAACAGCAAUAAAAAUUGCCAUUGCAAUUCAGAUUGGGCGCCUCCCUACUGCGAUUCCCCAGGAUAUGGGGGCAGUGUAGACAGCGGGCCUACUUACAACGACAGCAAUGUGGCCGCACGAAACUGGAUACUGGUGUUUGUGUUCAUAGUUCUUCCCAUUGCAAUAGUUGUACUCAUUCUUUAUUGUACGAGAAAUAAAAGGACUCCUUCCUGGUUGCCACUCAUGGACACCUGUUGCAGAUGCUUCCGCAGAUCAGAUACCAGUAGGCAGCAGGCUGCUCGAACCGAAUGUCCACGCAACUUUCCGUAUUCUUCCAGGAGUGCAUCAUCGUCUGCGGUGGUAUCAUCCAUGGACCAACAGCGUGUCCCCCCAAGGCCUCCACCCCCAGCGGUGAAAACCUCAAGGGCAUCGGAACAACUUUUCCCCUCCCGACCGGCACCUUUGCCCCCUAUAUAAAAUGCCUCCCUUUGCCUUUUGCAAGCCCACCACCGCCUCCCCUUUUUAGGACUGAGCUGCCUCAAGUGUCCAUCGAGCAACUCUGGAAACUUGUCUUUUCUUCCUUGACACCGGAAUAAGAGGAAAGGAAAAUAUAGAGGCAAAACACAAAGUGCAAAACCACCAAGGAAUGUAAACUCGUAUCAAAUACCUCUCCGGGGUGUGAAAAUCACCAAGUUGGUCGACACUUCCCGAGCCGACGGCAUUUGGGCUAUGUUGCUGGCCGAUAUCAGCUUGAACCGGAACAAUUAUUUUGGAUCCAAGGGCAUGUUCCUUCUUUUUUAUGAUUAGAUUUAAUUGUACGAUACUUGACAUAUGCAAUCCCAUCUGCCGGUC